AUUUUCCUUCAAAUUCUCUCCUUUUCUUUCCCUCUUUCUAAGCUAUUUUCUCUUUCAUUUUCCUCCUCUCUCUCUCUCUCUCUCUCCCUCACAAAAAUUAGUAUCCAAAGAGCCUUUUCUCUUAUUCCUUCUACUCUGCUCGUUCUUCUUGAUUUUGUUCUGAUUCUUGAAUCCAUCUUUUCUUUCAUUCUGGUUUGCUCUGUUCUUGUUCUGUUUUUUACUUUUUGGAUUACCCUUUCCUGGGUUUGCUUAAUUUUCACUUGAAAAAUCUCUUAUUUUCUUUCUUUCAAUCAAAAUAUGGGGUUUUCAAAGAAGACGCAAGUGGAUUCUGGUUUAGACUCGGAAGGGAAAAAAUGGGUAAUCGCUGGAAUAGCUAUUAGGACUUCACUCAAGCCAAUAAGCACAAAACCAAGAGGAAAAGACAUCGACGAUGGUGAUGAAGAAGAGGAGUGCUCUACAACCCCAACAGCGAAAGAGGCAAGAAUACCAGAGAGAUUACCGUGCCCGCCAGCACCAAGGAAGCGACGGCCUUCUUCGAGGUGCAACUACAAUGGUGUUAGGGAGUUCUUUACUCCCCCUGAUUUGGAAUCAGUGUUUAAAUGCUAUGUUGAGAAAGCAAAUUGAGAGACAAGACUUGCACUUUGUUUGGCCUUAAGAGAGGGUUGAGUUAGGGCUUAGAGAUUUUGUAGUGUUUUCACUAUUUAUCUUUCUUUUUUUUUCCCUUUUACUAUUAUUGUUAAUUUUUAUCUCUAUUUUUAUGUUUUGGUAGUGAUUAGGAGCUUAAGUUGUACAAAGAUAUGAUUUUUUUUUUUUUAUGAAAUGAUUAGUGUAGUUUGGUUUAGCCUUUCUUGUUUUUUGGUUAAUGAGAAGUUUCUGUAUCUUUUCUUUUUGUUCCAAAGUUUCUGGCUUGCCUAAGAAGAUAUAUUGUAUUUGUUGUCAUU